AUGGAGUGCGCGCCACCGGGAAUCCGCACGGUCUACGACGCGCUCCAAUACCGUAUCAGCCAGGAGCCCGACAAGAAGUCGCUGGGCAAGCGCGAGAUCCAGGAGAUAGUGACCAAGGACAAGGUGGUGCGGCGCACAGUCAACGGGCAGGCGACCGAGAGCACGAAGAAGUGGAGCUACUUUCGGCUGACAGACUACUCAUGGAUGACGUACCAGGAAAUCGGCCAGCGGACCCGUGCGCUGGGCGCGGGCUUCCGGCAUCUGGGGCUGGUGAAGGACUCGCGGGUGAUGAUCUAUGCGCCGACGUCGCGCGAGUGGAUGCUGUGCGCGCUGGCGUGCUAUUCGCAGGGCAUGCAGGUGGUGACGGCGUACGACACGCUGGGCGAGGAGGGCGUUCUGCAUGCGAUGAACCAGGCCAAGGUGGACCUGGUGCUCAUGCAUGUGGACCAGAUGCCGGUGCUGGCCAAUGUCAUGGAGCAGGUCAAGACUGUCAAGCACAUUGCGUUUUUCCACGACGCCUACGGCAUGUCGGCCAAGGCCGAGGCGGCGCUGGGAAAGGUGCGGGGUGGGUUCGAUGUGCACGCAUUGGAUGCGCUGGUGGCCAUGGGCGAGCAGUUCCCGAGCGACCUGCAUGUGGCCGAGCCCGAGGACACAGCGCUGGUGAUGUACACCAGCGGCACCACGGGGCCGCCCAAGGGCGUGCUGAUCUCGCACGGCGCGCUUAUGUCGACCAGCGGCGCCAUAGCCGAGCUGGUGCCCGACUACAUAGACUUUGAGACGGACAAGGUGCUGUCGUAUCUGCCGCUGUCGCAUGUGCUGGCGUUUUUCGUCGAGACGUUCUGCAUCUACUCGGGGCUGGGCGUGGGCUACGGAUCGCCGCGCACACUGACAGAAGAUAACGUUACGGAUUGUUUGGGGGACAUCCGCACGCUGCGCCCGGCAGUGAUGCUGGGGGUGCCCCAAGUGUGGAACACAAUCCGUGCUGGCAUUUUGCGACAGGUCAGCUCCAAGCCCGUGCUCGUGCAGAAGCUCUUCCACGGCGCCGUGGCCCUCAAGACGUGGCUGCGCUCGUACAACCUGCCGACGGGCCUCCUGGACGCCGUCAUCUUUAAGAAGACGCGCGAGGCAACCGGCGGCAAUCUGAAGAUUGUGAUUACCGGCGGCGCGCCGAUCAACCAGCACGUCCAGAAGCUGAUCAACGCCGCCGUGUGCCCGAUGAUCCAGGGCUACGGCAUGACGGAGAUGAGCGGGCUGGCCACAGUGCAGUGCAAGCUGGUGGAUGUGCCCGAGGCCAACUACUAUGCGGCCAACAACGAGGGCGAGAUCUGGCUGCGCGGGCCGUCCGUGUUCAAGGGCUACCUGGACGACGAGGAGGAGACCAGGAAGACGCUGACCGCCGACGGCUGGGUGAUGACCGGCGACAUCGGCCGCUGGCUGCCCAACGGCCGCCUGGCCAUCAUCGACCGCAAGAAGAACCUCGCAAGUACGUCAGCAAUCCUGUGCCUGUGCGCCGACUCACGCAUGACGCAGCCCGUGGCGCUGGUCAACAUCGACGCGGGCCAGAUCGGCCACUGGGCCGACGAGGCCGGGAUCCCACCGAGUCAGCUGAUGGACAUCCGCAUCGACCCCGAGCUGUGGACGCCCGAGAACGGCCUGCUGACCGCCGCGUCCAAGCUCAAGCGCGUCGACAUCCAGAAGCACAACCAGAGCAACCUGGACGACAUGCUCAAGAUGCAGGACUGA